CUUCGUCACAACUAACAAGCUCUGCUCACUCUUUCUUUGUCAUCCUCCAAAUAGGAAGAAGCUCCUCCAUAAUCUCUUGUCCGGGGGUCUUUGGCGCCAAAACCCAAAUCUGCCUUAAAGAUUGGAGAGGAAGAGAAUGGCGGUUUCACUAGUUAGGACAGAUUUUAGUUCGUGGUAUGUAGCUGCAUUCGCUCCGAGUUUUGUCCCAGCUCUUAGUAUCAGACCUAAUUUAAGGGAUAUAGUAGUUGGUUUCCCCAGACUAAAGAGAAUACAAUGCAGUUUUAGAUUGCCGACUGGAGAAGGAAAACCCGGGUCAAUAAUUGCUGAAGGGAGUUGUUCAGUUAUAAGUCCACAGGGGCAUUGGGAAGAUCCAGAUGAUGGUAGUGGCAGUGAAAUUGAUGAUGAUAGUGAAGAAGAAAAAGUAGAGGACAUGGAUGAAAAUGACUUGGAUUUUGAGAGUGAUUGGGAUGAGGAGAAUGAUGCUGCCACUCGUGUUAAAAUUGUUAAUAACUUAUCUCCAAACAACUACGAGGAAGAUUUUGCAAAAGAGGUUGAACAGCUAUUGAGUUCUGAAGAAAGAGCUAUUCUUGAAGCGAAUGACUCUCCUUGCUUGGAGAGGAUAUCAACAAGAAAAUGGUUACCUCUCCACACUUUUGCUCUAGCGGGGCAGAUCAAAGAUAUGGAUAGGCUUCUUGAGAAGGGAGUUGAUAUUAAUCUGACUGAUCAGGAUGGACGUACUGCCCUACAUCAUGCAACAAUUGGUAAGAAAGAACCUGUUAUCAGUCAUCUUCUCCGGAAAGGUGCAAAUGUUAAUGUAAGAGAUCAGGAUGGCGCUACGGCACUUCAUUAUGCAGUUCAAGUGGGAGCAAUGCAAACUGUCAAAUUGCUGAUCAAGUAUAAUGUUGACGUGAACACUGCCGAUGAUGAAGGAUGGACACCACUGCAUGUUGCUGUUCAAAGUAGAAACAGGGACAUAACAAAAAUAUUGUUAGUUAAUGGAGCAGAUAAGACAAGAAAAAAUAAGGUUAGAUAUCAUAAUCAUUUUUGUUUUGGUCCUUUUUUCUCUGUUAUAAUUUUGUUCGCGUAACUACAUAUGUGGAGAGUUUACUUAUGCAUGCCAAUCAAUUUAUAUGUGCCGUUCUCUCCACAGAUGAUUGUGAAACUCUUUGUUCAAUCAAUGCAACCACAUUUAUCUGUUGAGAACCUCGUUUUUUAAUCCUGACUUGAGUUUCUGCAUGGCGCUGCAUGGGCACAUUUGCUUUAUUGACUUCACUGUGUAGGCAUCUUUGUAAAAAUUGAAAUGUAAAAGCAACAUGUCCAUAGAGUUAAGUGUCUCUCUUUUUGCCUUUUGGUAUCAUUGUGAAGAUAAAUUUAAUUUGUUUUCAUGUUUCAGGCGGGACAUACUCCUUUGGAUCUUAGCUUAUGUUAUGGCAAAGAAUUCAAAUCGUAUGAUCUUACUAAGUUGCUGAAAGUUGUACCUGCCGAUAGAAAUUACUGCUAGUCACCAAUGACUGCACAGCAACAUAGAGAAUUACCUUGAUGAUUGUAUCUAACAGAGCUGAUUGCAGCAAUGCACGCGUGAGAGAAUAGCAUAAAUAUAUCAAAUUGCCAGCAAUGUGUUGUGAAAUUUUGCACAACAGACAGGGACGAUGAUCCUUACACUGCAAAUCCAUUAGGGCAAGAAAUUUUGACUCGUAUGCUUAGUUGCUCACAGGGGUCAUGUAGCCUCCAUUGCAAAGCAUUCAGUGUGUAAGAACUGUAAUUGAUAGUUAAUAGAGUAAAUACGGAGGUUUUAAUUAAAACUUCCUUCCUAUUCUGCUCGUUUAGCAAACACCUAGUUUUAAUCAACGCAAUGCCAAAAGGUUGAUAUGGUUUUCGCUCUACUAUGGAAAUAAGAGUCUUUGAUGUAGAAUCUGCACUCUUCAAAUGGCAGGAUGACUGAAAUGUUGAUCAUUUCUAGCUCAUCCAUGAGACAUCACCGGCAGAUGCAAUUUUUUAUUUUUUUUUUUUGCCC